UUAAUUCCGCCACGGAGAAAACGACCUUAAAUAAAACUUCUCGCCGGAGAAGAUAUUCCGGUAGCCAUGCUCCGAUCGGUGACUUGUUCCCCGUCUCUUGGCUCGACCUCUCUCUUCUUCCGCUUUUUCCGCCAGUUCCCUCGUUCUUUCUCGUCGACGACCGCCGUCAGCCGCAACAUUCGCCGGCUUUCUACUCCAGAAGCUGCUGGGAGACGGCUAUUUCUAAGCCGUGGCUUUAAGCUUCGCUCCGCCACGAGCCGCAGUCUCAGUGGCCAGUUCUCUCGCUUAUCCAUUCGCGCCGUCGCUACACAACCCGCACCUUCUUAUCUCGGACAAGAUGAUGCUGAGAAGCUUGGAUUUGAGAAAGUGUCGGAAGAGUUUAUCUCAGAGUGUAAAUCUAAGGCUGUUCUUUUCAAACACAAGAAAACAGGUUGUGAGGUGAUGUCUGUUUCAAACGAUGAUGAGAACAAAGUGUUUGGCAUUGUUUUCAGAACUCCUCCGAAAGAUUCAACUGGAAUCCCUCACAUACUGGAACAUAGCGUAUUAUGUGGGUCAAGAAAGUACCCGCUGAAAGAGCCAUUUGUUGAAUUAUUAAAGGGAAGUUUGCAUACCUUCCUUAAUGCAUUCACAUAUCCUGAUAGGACUUGUUAUCCAGUUGCUUCCACAAAUACAAAGGACUUCUAUAAUCUUGUUGAUGUAUACUUGGACGCUGUGUUCUUCCCCAAGUGUGUGGAUGACGUUCACACUUUUCAGCAGGAGGGCUGGCACUAUGAACUUAACGAUCCUUCAGAAGACAUAUCGUACAAAGGCGUUGUUUUUAAUGAGAUGAAAGGUGUCUAUUCACAGCCUGAUAAUAUAUUAGGACGGAUAACGCAACAGGCCUUAUGCCCAGAUAAUACAUAUGGUGUUGACAGUGGAGGUGAUCCAAAAGAUAUCCCGAAGCUUAAGUUCGAGGAAUUUAAGGAGUUCCACCGUCAGUAUUAUCACCCAAGCAAUGCCAGGAUAUGGUUCUAUGGAGAUGAUGAACCAGUUCACCGCCUCCGCGUCUUGAGUGAAUACUUGGACAUGUUUGAUGCAAGUCCAGCUCGAGAUAGUUCAAAGGUCGAACCACAAAAACUAUUCUCUGGACCUCGCAGGAUUGUUGAAAAAUACCCUGCUGGUGAAGAUGGUGACCUUACGAAGAAGCAUAUGGUGUGCCUUAAUUGGCUGCUUUCUGACAAGCCACUGGACUUACAAACUCAACUUGCACUUGAGUUUUUGGAACAUUUAAUGCUUGGGACUCCUGCUUCCCCGUUAAGAAAAAUCUUACUGGAAAGCGGUCUAGGAGAAGCACUUGUUAAUAGUGGGAUGGAAGAUGAACUUCUCCAGCCCCAGUUCAGUAUUGGUUUGAAAGGUGUUUCCGAUGAUAAUGUCCAGAAGGUUGAAGAGUUGAUCAUGACUACUCUGAGAAAGUUGGCAGAUGAGGGGUUUGAUACUGAUGCUGUCGAGGCAUCCAUGAAUACCAUUGAGUUUUCUCUGAGAGAAAGCAAUACAGGAUCGUUCCCUCGUGGUUUAUCACUUAUGCUCCAAUCAAUUGCGAAAUGGAUAUACGACAUGGAUCCUUUUGAGCCAUUAAAGUAUGAGGAACCAUUGAAGUCCUUGAAAGCUAGAAUAGCUGAAAAAGGAUCCAAGGCUGUCUUUUCCCCACUGAUAGAGGAGUUUAUUUUGAAGAACCCUCAUUGUGUUACUAUCGAGAUGCAGCCUGAUUCCGAAAUAGUUGGAGAUAUUAAUGGCGUGAAGGUUUUGCGGCAUGAUCUCUUUACAAAUGAUAUACUCUACACUGAAGUAGUCUUUGAUUUGGGCUCACUAAAGCAUGAGCUUCUUCCACUGUUACCCCUCUUCUGUCAAUCAUUGCUAGAGAUGGGCACGCAAGACUUGACCUUUGUCCAACUUAAUCAGUUGAUUGGAAGGAAAACCGGAGGGAUAUCAGUUUAUCCACUUACAUCCUCUGUGUGGGGUAGGGAUGAUCCAUGUAGCAAAAUCAUUGUGCGUGGAAAAUCCAUGGUUGGACGCGCUGAAGACCUUUUUCACCUGAUGAAGUGUGUGCUGCAAGAGGUGCGAUUUACAGAUCAACAACGGUUUAAACAAUUCGUCUCUCAGAGUAGGGCCGGAAUGGAGAACCAUUUGAGGGGAAGUGGUCAAGGAAUUGCUGCUACGAGGAUGGAAGCAAUGUUGAACGCUGCUGGAUGGAUGUCUGAACAGAUGGGUGGUCUCAGGUUGGAACUUGAUAACCCUUUCUUAAAGUGCUAG